GAGCGCGAAUUCUGAGGCGGCUGCAGGCUGUAUUGGCGGGAGCUGUCACCGGGGAGCGCCAUGGCUGCCGGCUUGGAGGCUCAGGCGUAUUUGGCAGAAGAUAACCAGAUUGGACUAAACGUCUUGGAGAGCGAUUCCGAUAGUGGUCAGGGAAGCUGCAAAAUGGAUUCCCCUACAGACAAGCAAGAAAGCAUGGCCUUCCUGGAUAAUGGAGAUUCAGGUGACGAGAUCUUGGUACGUAAGAAGUCUAAAAAAAGGAAAGUUUUUGAAGAAAGUGACGAUUCUGAUGGCAACACCACUGCUGUUACUGCCAACACUAAGCCAAGUCUUGAAAGUGAUGAAGAAAACAAAGAGAACAAAGCCACAGAUAGGAUAAAGCCUCGACGAAUCCGAGCCGCUCUCUUUGACAGUGAUGAUAGUGACUGUGAUGGAGACCUUAUUGCAGAUGGUGAGGUAAAUGCCAUAGUGGCUUCCACUGAUAAAGACAGUCCACAGAAAAACACCUCCGUAAAACAGAAUAACUACAAGUCUUCCAAAAAGCAAGCUGGAGUAGAAGUAAAAGAAAAAGGCAAAUCGAAACGUAGAGCAGAUAAAGAGAGAAAGAAAAUGGCUUCUAUUGAAAAGUUUAAAAAGGACAAGAAGCAGAGUUCAAAUGCAAGUAAUGAGUUACAAAGGGAAGAAGAUCAUCCUCCUUUUGAUGACAGUGGCUGUCUUUUAGCUGAUGGUGAGCUGUUUGAUAAAGACGAGGAGAGUGAUAAUCCUGAUGAAGAAUCCCUAGAUGCUAUACGUGCCAGCAUGAAAAGCAGAUUAAAGAGUCGUUCUCCUAAUUUAUCUGAUGGAGCAGAGGAUGAAGAGACGUUUGAAGAAAAAGAGUCUGGAAAAAGAAAGGAGAGAAAAGCAGCACGAAUAAGUAAGGAAGCCAUAAAGCAGUUGCACAGCGAGACACAAAGGCUCUUGCGGGAGUCGGCUGUGUCUCUACCAUAUCACCUACCUCAACCUAAAAGCAUUCAUGACUUUUUCAAGCGCCGAUCGAGACCAGCCUGUCAAGGAAAUGCAAUGCAACUAAUCAAGUCCUCAAAGUACAAUUUUUCAACUAUUGAAGACAAAACAGAGGUUGAAGCUAAACCCCCAGAGCCUGCAGAUUGUGACUCUGCCUCAGCACCAGACUGUACGGUAAAUUCUGAAGUACCUCUCCAGAAGCCACAAGCUGCUGCCGUUGAAGAAGCUGUGACGGAGGCUUCUGCAAGUGAGGAUUGUCAGCCUAUCAGCUCUGAGAAUAAAGCAGUAGAUGUUAACAAUUCAGAAAAUUCAUCCAUACUUUCUAGUGUUCAUGUUGCACAUCAAACAUUUGCUGAUGGGGAAAAUGACGCACACGUUCAAGAAAGGGCUAUUGAAAUGUCGCAAGAUAUUUCUAAACCGGACCUUAAGAGCACAACAUGUGACCAUGCUGAUGCAACAGAGGACAACCGCUCAAAUAUUGCUACAGUAAAAGAGAAGCCCAAGCUGUCAAAACUGGAAAAACUUCGUGCACUGGGAAUCAACCUGUCAGUAAAACCUCGCCUAUGUCCAGAUGAUGGCUCUUUUAUAAAUUUGGAUGAGCCAAAGCCAAAUAAAGAUCUUGAAGCACUAAAGGAGCGAUUCUUGAAACACAGCUUGCACAAAGUAAAAGCUGUGACAGAGAAGAAAGUUAAUCUCAACAUUGUUCGCAAAGAGACAACUGCUGAUGGUAAAGAGGAGCUAAAGGCAGAUGUUGUACCAGUCACUGUAGAUGUUGAAAACUGUGACAACAAAGUACAUGGCAAACCAGGUGAGAAGCUUCAAGUUCUUAAAGCAAAGCUUCAGGAGGCAAUGAAACAGAGACGUCUUGAAGAGCGCCAGAAGCGCCAAGCGUUGUUUAAUCUUGACAAUGAAAAUGGCUAUGAUGAUGAUGAAGAGGAGGAGGAGGAAGAAAUGACUGAGUCUGAGGACGAGGAGGAAGAACAAGGGAAUGAAGAAGAGGGCAAUGCAGAGACCAUAGAGGAUCUCCUUGGAGAAGAUGGGAAUGAGCAGGACCUUAAGGAUGAAUGUUUGGAGGAAAGUGACAUAACUAAAGUGACAAUCUCGGUGCCGAGGCCUGUACAAACAGAAUCAACUUUGCUGUUGUUUAAAGACAGUUCAACUAAAAUUGGCGAUUCCAUACCUGACAAGAUGGAGCAUGAUGAUGUUGAGAGCAAAGGCAAUGACAAAAUCGCAGAAGAAGAUGAUUUUCUUUUACCUAUGACAAAGGACAGCACAAAGGACAGCAGCCAUAAUAGUAGCUUUGAACUUAUUGGGUCCAUGAUUCCUUCAUACCAGCCUCUUAACAAGAGUGGGCGAAGUUCCCUCCUUUCCGGUGUUGGGGGAUUCCGGUCACCAUCCCCAGUUACCUUCAAAGCAAACUUCCUCAGCUCUGCAUCAAAGAGUUCAGGGAAGAUGUCGGAACCAUCCCUUCCUGUGGAAGAUUCACAGGAUCUGUACAACGCCUCACCUGAGCCUAAAGCAUCUUUUGCUUGUGCUGGUGAAAACUCUCAGUUCCAGUUUUCUUUGGAAGAUGACACACAAAGCCAAUUACUGGAUGCGGAUGGGUUCCUAAAUGUAGGGCACAACAGGAGCAAAUACAGCUCUGUUAAGCAAAGGUUAGUAUUGGAUACAAUGGAUGAGAAUGCUAUGGAUGCCAACAUGGGAGAGUUGCUGGACCUUUGCUCUGGAAACUUUAGAGGCACCCUUUCAGACUCCAGUCAGCAUGAUGGGCAUGUGCCCAAGAAAGAUGCCAUGGAUGAGCUGCUGGGAUUAUGCUCUGGAAAAUUUGUGUCACAAGCUGAUUCCUUAACUCAAGAGUCCUCAGGCUUGGUUAAAGUGCACUCGGAGUUGCAAAAAGAAAAUAAGUUUGCUCAAGCUGAGGUUGCUUCCUUUCCAGUAGAACGAGAGGAGAACGAUGAGGAGGAGGAGUUUGGUGAUUUUCAGCUUCUUCCAUGUGAUGAAUCAGACAGUGAGGAAGGAAAAGAAGAGCAAAGUGAAGUGGAGGAUGAUGAAUACGAAGGUUUGGAUGAGGUGGAGGAGGAUUAUGAUGAAGAAAAGAUUUUGAGAAAACAAGGCAAAAAAAGAAAGCUCAAGCUUCUGGACUUCAUGGAAGAUGAGGCAGAACUUUCUGGAAGUGAUGUUGGGAGUGGUGAUGAGGAUGAAGGAGAUGAGAGUGAUGACUAUGAAGAAGAAGCCAUAGAUGAAGAACUCCCUUCAGAUGAAGAGCUCCAGGACCAAGUCAAUAAAAUCCACAUGAAGGUUACUAUGGAUGAAGACAAGCGCCGCUUGCGGCUAUACCAGGAGCGGUACUUGGCUGAUGGGGACCUUCACAGUGAUGGUCCAGGAAGAAUGAGAAAAUUCAGGUGGAAGAACGUUGAUGAUGCCUCUCAGAUGGACAUGUUCCACAGAUAUUCUGAACUAGAAGAUCAGGAGGCAGAGAAUGAAGAAAUGGAUGAGGCAGAAGCCAAAAGGAGGAAGGAGCGAUUUGAACGAGAGCAGUGGUUCCGUGAACAGUCUGAAAAUGGUGGCAAAGAAGUAGAGGAGGACAUUGGGGAAAACAGUCAGUUCAUGAAGUUGGCAAAAAAAGUUACAGAAAAAGUUUUACAGAGGAGAUCGACCAUAGAAACUACUGAGCCAAAAAAGCAAGCCUCUAAAAAUCCUUUUGAAAUUCAACGACCUUUUAGUCUUCCAAAGAUUAAAACAGGUUCGCUGUUGAACAAGCCAAAAGAAGUACUUGAAAAACUGGCAGCAAUGUCAAACCUGAACCCUAAUGCACCAAGAAACACAAGGAAGUUUGUCUUUCACAUGCUGUCUCCACAAAAGAAAGAAGAAUCCACAGCUAAACCAAAACCAAAGGUGAAGCGAAACAUCAGUGCUGCAACCUCUUCACCCAAGCGGUUUAAGUCAGACCGUUCGGAUGCUGCCAAUAACAAAAAUCGCAGCAUCUUCCCUUUCCUGGAGAAUUAACUGGCUGCACUUUAUUAACUUGUGCCAUGCUUAUUGAAACGUAGUAAGGUGAGCGUCUGGAUGUGUCAUGAAUGUAGGCAAAAACAAGACUGGAAGUUGCCUGAACGUAUUACGUCCUUCAACGUUUGAACUGUUGUCUACAAAGUUGAAAUAUUUGAUUUGUACAGAUUGUUUGUAAAUGUUCAUGUUGUAUUCUUUGCUAAGUUAUCACUCUGUGUUCUUGUACAAAUUAUGUAAAUUUGUAGGUAUGUGCUCUCCAAUGUAAAAAAUUAGAUGCUUGGAGCAAAUAGUGUGUAUGUGUAUGUAUGUGUGUAU